AUGAGGCCGCCAAGCGGCUCCGGACCAUCGGCCAUCGCUGGCUACGAGCGUGUCACCGACGCGAUGCUCCAGCGCUGGCAGCGGUCGGGACCCAAGAGGAAGAGGGAACUGAUCCGGCCGUCGUGUCUGUUGUGUAUGGCGCUGCUCUUCUCGCUCUUCUCCUCCUCCUCCGCCGCGUCGCCGCGGCCGCUCCUCGUCACCUCUGCGGACGGCGCUGAGGGCUUCGCGGUGCUCACUGCGCUCGUGUCCGCCCGCGACCCGUCCAGCCUCGUCGGCUGCGUGGACAGCGCCGGCUCGGAGAAUUCGCUCGCGCUGCGCGCGCUGGGCGUGGCGCUGCGUCCUGCGGAUGACCUUCGUGGCUGCUUCUCGGGCGUGUCCUUUGCGCUGCUCGCGGCUCCGCUCACCGCCGACCGUGCGGCGCGCGCAUCCGAGCUCAUCGCCGCCGCCGUGGCGGCGAGAGACGAGGAGGGUCUCGCCGCGGCCUUCCUCGUCUCUGUGAUUGGCUCGACCGCCGCUGCCGCCCCGCCCUCCGUCGCCGAGUACGGAGCGAUGGAGAGGGAGCUCUUCCAGCGGUGGGGCGACGUGCCGGGCGCGGUGGCGCUCCGCACAGCCUUCUUCCAGCAGAACCUGCUGCUGUGGGCGGGAGACGCGCGCGAGCACGCCGCGCUCCGGCUGCCCCUCGGCCCCGCCGCCUGCCUCGCGCCUCUCUCCUCGCGCGACCUCGCCUCCGUCCUCGCCGCCCUCUGCGCGCCGGCCGGGCUUCCGCCGCUGGGAGAGCUGCCCUUCCUGCCGGCGGAGGGAGGGGCGCCAGCCGCGCUAGAGCUGAGCGGGCCUGCCUGGCUCAACGGCUCGCGGCUGUCGGCCGUGGCGACGGCGACGGCGGGCACCCCCCUCGGCUUCGCGUCUCUUCCCCGCGCAGAGGCGGCGGGUGUGCUGCGGCGGGCGGGCCUCGACGCGUCCGAGCAGCGGCUGCUGCUCGACCUGCUUUCCGCCCAGUCGGCCCUUCCUCCUGCCGGCGGGUGCGAGGCGCUGCAGCCGAGCGCGGGCCUGCCCGCCCUGCUGGGCCGGCCGGGCGCGCCAGUCGGCGCAUUCUUCCUCGAGCAGGCGGCGGCCUUUGCGGCGCGGGACGCGCCUACCGCCGGGGAGGGGGUGGCGGGGGAGGGGCACCACCACCAUCCGCGCACCGGGUGGAACUCGCGCGUCAUCGCGGGCUACGAGGCGGCGCCGUGGCAGCACGGCGUGGUCCUCCUCCUCGCCCUCGCCCCGGUCGGCCUCGCCCUCGCCGCGUGCAGCCUCGCGCGCGGCCGCCGCGGCACGCUGCUCCACGCCAUGUGCUUCCCCGACGAGUCGGCACAGAGCGGCGUGGAGCCGGGGUGGAGGCUCCUGUAG